UAACAGAGCACACAAACCCUCCCUCCCUUCCCUCCUACCACCCCCUCCUCCCUCCCAUGUCAUCUGAAUUCUGCAAUGUGUGCGGCGGCCCCGUGUGGUGCCGCCGCCACCAAACCGAUCUCAACCGUUCCGUCCCCAUGUUUCUCGAAUCGAACCACGAGCAAGCCGACUUCCACGAGUUUCAGUUCUUCGGGCAUGACGACUCCGUCGCCGCCUGGUUGUUCGGCGAACCGAAGCCCGACGAGCCAAGAGACGAGCAGCCGCCGUUGAGUACCUUCGAGUACUCGGUUGAUGACGACUUACGCGGCGGAUCCAGACCCACUUUUGAUGUGAGCCGGAGAUCAGGAGGAGUCGAGCAAAAGCAGCUGCAGCCGCCGCCGCCGCCGA